AUGAAGACCAGACUAGGCUGUCUCUCCAACAAAUCUGACUCCUACAGCGACUUCUCUGAGUUCCUGCCUCCUGCUCAGGAAACUACAGCCAGACUGUCAACGGAUGAGGUUGAACAGUGGUCUGAAUCGUUUGAUCACCUUCUCUCUCACAAAUAUGGCCUAGCUGCCUUCCGGACAUUUCUCAAGACAGAGUUCAGUGACGAGAAUAUUGAGUUUUGGAUGGCCUGCGAGGACUACAAAAAAAUCAAGAGCUCAACCAAGCUUGUGUCAAAAGCAAACAAGAUCUUCCAAGAGUUCAUCGACGUUCAGGCACCAAGAGAGGUAAACAUUGAUUACCGCACCAGGGAGAAGACCAAGCAGAGUCUGGAGGAUCCCUCCCCGACCAGCCUCAACGAGAUCCAAGGCAAAGUCUACAGCCUCAUGGAAAAAGACUCCUACCCACGAUUCCUCAGGUCCAAGAUGUACCAGGAUAUUGUCAACAGAACGCAUGCACAAGGCCAGCGGAGGUCUGUUUGA